AGUAGGAAACGCUGCCCUCUCUCCCUCCGUGACCCCUGGCCCUUCUUUCCCGCCCUUCCUCCCUCCCUCCUUCCCUCCCGCCGCUGUCGCUGCUGGCGUCUGCGCUCCGCGGGGAGCUUCCCGGCGCGGCGAUGGGGUCUCGGGCCUCCACGUUACUGCGGGACGAAGAGCUGGAGGAGAUCAAGAAGGAGACGGGCUUUUCCCACAGUCAGAUCACACGCCUCUACAGCCGGUUCACCAGCCUGGACAAAGGGGAGAACGGGACUCUCAGCCGGGAAGAUUUCCAGAGGAUUCCAGAACUUGCCAUCAACCCACUAGGGGACAGGAUCAUCAAUGCCUUCUUUUCAGAGGGAGAGGACCAGGUAAACUUCCGGGGAUUUAUGAGGACUUUGGCUCAUUUCCGACCCAUUGAAGAUAAUGAAAAGAGCAAAGACGUCAAUGGACCAGAACCACUUAACAGCCGAAGCAACAAACUGCACUUUGCUUUUCGACUAUAUGAUUUGGAUAAAGAUGACAAGAUCUCUCGUGAUGAGCUGUUACAGGUGCUACGCAUGAUGGUUGGAGUGAAUAUCUCAGAUGAGCAGCUGGGCAGCAUCGCAGACAGGACCAUCCAGGAGGCCGAUCAGGAUGGAGACAGUGCCAUAUCUUUCACAGAAUUUGUUAAGGUUUUGGAGAAGGUGGAUGUGGAACAGAAAAUGAGCAUCCGAUUUCUUCACUGAAGGACAAGAGACCAAGCUGUUCUUGCUUUCUAGUAUUUAAGAACUGGAACAUAGGCAUCUCCUGCCCGCCAGCCCCACAUCCACCCACCAGCCCCCUUCUCCCAGAGAACUACUGCUGUUGCAUGACAACCCCAAAUCUGUGCUGUCCACACAAGCCUGCCUUUGGUCUAUAAACAGGGCAUUACAGAAUGGUACCCCCACCCCACCCAGUCUAUUUCUGUUCAAUAUCCAUGCACCGUUCUCCACUUAGAAAUACCACCUUCCUCUCUCUGCUGCUGACACUCCCCCUCCAAGCAUUGUGAGACAGUGUGAGAGGGACUCGCACCAAGAACCAGCCAGCAAAGCUCUCACUGGAUGUAGACUAGCCACGCUGCCUCCCCUCCAGUGAAGCUCCACCGUGCCCUGCGUCCUUGUAUGUGUUCUUUGUGCCCUACUUGGCACCUACCACCCAAUAGUCUUUCAGCUUUCCCCUGCUUUUUACUGAGCCUCAAAUCCCUCGGUACUACUUGGCACCCAAGCUAUGCCUGUUCGAUCUCUUUCUGACUUGGCAGGAUGGUUCGGUGGUCUGGCAGUUUUUAAUCUACCUUCAUUGAAUGGUUAAUGGAUCUCUGGACGUUGCCUUUCCAGGAGCUUUCAGUCACCAAAUCUCUUGGAAGAAUGUGAGCCUUUCUUAGUCCCCUGCCCUGUUGUGUCAUCAAAAGGCUUCCAAGUGGAGACGUCCUUGAAAGGCGGCCUUGUCGGGAAGAGCAGAGCUGUGUCCUAGGUGACGUUCCUGGUCAGUGUACUGCUGGCUUCUGAUUCUCAACUUCAUAUACCUGCAUCCCUCCUCUUGCGAGGGCAGUGUUGACUGUUCAGAAAAUUGUCCUGCCUGCGAGUUUGCUUAGCUUUGGGACAUUGUCACCACUACCAUGGCUGCUCUUGACAGUAUGCUCGGGAACCGUCUUGUGGCCUUUUUUUUUAAACAUGGAUGCCCUGGGAAGCUACUCUGCAGAGUGGGUUAUUCCUCAGUGUUGCAUGCCCUGAAUUCAUUUCCAUUUCAUAGGCCCAAGCAGAAAGGCUAGUGCUACAGAAGUGCCUAACUUAUCCCAGUCCAAAACAAUUGAACGGUUGUGUCUUGAAGGUUUGCACACAAAGUCUUUACGAAUUUUACACAUGGGCAAAUUCCAGUGCUGGAAGCCAUAGUCAGCUUCUACUACACGUCCAAAGCAUUGGAUGUACUCAGUCAUUAGCUGCCUGGUUACAUUCGUUUCCUUGCUCCUAGAGUGGACCACUGCAAAUCCCUCAGAAACAAGAGAUCUGGCACUGGUGGCACAACCUAAGGUGGCAUUCGAGGUGUUUGAGGGAGCCAGAGCAACUGUUCUUUUACUGCCAGAGUUAACUUAGUUUAGACUUAAUUGGAUCAGCUGAUUGCUGCCCCGUAUGUAUGAGUAUUUAUUCAUAUAUCUGUCCUUGGCUAAUAUUCUCUGAUUUACUGCUUUCUUGCUUGCCUGCUUGUGUCCUUGCUUUGAAAAACAAUUCUUUGGGAAAGCAGUUGCUUUAGG